AUGUCCUGGAACUGCUUCGAUUUCAUGUUAGUAGUCUUCUCCAUCUUUGAGAACCUUUUCACCUUCUUAGCCUUCAAUACUGGCGAUGUUGCGGAAGAAAGCACGGGGAGCGGGGUGAACUUGGCCUUCCUGCGCUUGGUGCGGCUGUGCCGCAUCGUGAAGAUCUUGCGGGUCUUCCGCACCUUGAAGUUCUUCAGCGAGCUGCGCUUGAUGCUGGAUUGCGUUCUUGGAUCCUUGAUGAACGUCAUGUGGUGUGUCAUCAUGCUGGUCUUCGUGAUGUACGUCUUCGCGCUCCUGCUGCAGCAGGGCAUUGUCGAGCACCUCACCCUGGUCCACGCCAGACAGGAUGGUACGGACGUCGAGCAGUUGACGACCUACUUCGGCUCGGUGGGCUCGACGGUGGUGACGCUCUUCCAAGCGUCCACGAGUGGAGUGGACUGGAAUGAGCCCUACCAAGCAUUGAGAAAGACAGGCAUGGUGAUGCCCAUGGCCUUCUUGGGCUAUGUGGCCUUUGUCUUCAUCUCGGUUUGGAACAUCGUCACCAGCAUUUUCGUGGAGAAAGCCCUGAAGUUAGCCAUGCCGGAUGCUGACAUGGUCAUUGUGGAGCAUCAGCUUCAAGAUGCCCAGGAUCACAAAAUGUUGACGAAGCUCUUCAAGAGCAAGUCCAAAAGCUCCGAUGGCAUUGAGCAACGCUUGGGCUUGGAGGAGUUCCGCAAGCUCGUGGAGACCUAUGAAUUCAGGUCAUACCUUCAAUCAAGGGGUAUUGACAUCAAGAACGCCGAGACCUUCUUCCGGAUGCUCGUGGAGUUGCAAGGGGAGACUACGAUCGAUGCCACCACCUUUGCGAACGCCUGUGUGCGAAUGAAGGGUGCGGCCACCAGUAUCGACUUGCAGACCGUGAUGUUCACUACUCACCUGAUGAACCGGGAGCAGCGGAAGUCCUUCGAAUCGUUGUACAGCUCCUUGGCCAACAUCGAGGCCAGCAUCGACGCACAGAAUGUGCAAGUCAAGAUGCCUCCUCCACCGUUGAAUGACUCGAAUGCCACUCGUUUGCCUGGCUUGCCGGUGACGAUCUUGUUGGUCUAUUUCGCGGUGGCCAAGAAGGGCGAGCCGCCCUUGGACGGGAAGACAGACACGGACCCUGAGGGGUUAAGUGCAGUGAAUGCCGGCGGGAAGUGGGCCAGGGAAGUUCAUUGGAGGCUCACCUCCAGUGAUUUGGCUUGCCGCAUUCUGCGGGACAUGGAGUUCAAGCAGGCCUAUUGGGAAAAGAAUCUUUGGAUCUCAGCCUACAUGAUGGUCGGGGCCCUUCACGGCUGUACCGUGGGCGAGGUGGAAUCCACUCAUCGCAAGGAGGUGGAUGAGUUGAUUGGGCAGUUGGCUGUGGCCGUGUCCGCCUCCCAGGCUGAUGUCACUUGGGAGCGGCUCUUGUUAUGUGACCGCCUGGCCGCCUACGCACGGAGCGUGGCGCACUUCCCCACCGCGGUGAAGGAGUUUGAAUGGCGCAACGGCGCCUUCUACGAGAUGUCCAAGGCGGCGGAGGCCGCCGGACGCCCGGACCCCUGCCCCAAACACACCGAAGGCCUACGAACCUUGAAGGUGAUCUAG